GCUUUGCAGAUGCCCCCUAAAAAGAUUCCUAAAUCAAAAUUACAUCCACUGGCGGCAGAGUUACCUCUGAAGACGAUACUCUUGGAUACGACCAACAAAAAGCAGUAUUGCGUGGGUAAACAAUUUGCCACUGGAGGAUUUGGAAGGAUUUAUCUUUGUAACGAGGUUGGCUCAAAGAAAGAAUUGGUUGUCAAAGUUGAACCAUUUGGGAAUGGUCCAUUGUUUACGGAAGUGAAUGUUUUUCUUCGAAUUCUCAAGCCAGAGCAAAUCGCAGACUUUAUGAAAACUCGAAAGCUCAAGCGCUUGGGUGUACCGCCAUUGAUAUCCUCUGGAAUAUAUAUGCACGGAAAUGACAAGUUACGUUUCCUUGUAAUGCCCAAAUACGUCACUUCACUGGAAGCUAUUCGAGAAAAGUCGAAAACUUUGUCCGCUGCCAACGUUUGGACAGUUGCUCGAUGCAUGCUGGAGAGCCUAGAGUACAUUCACGAAAAGAACUAUGUCCAUGCGGACAUUAAAGCAGCAAAUAUUCUCCUUGAACGUGCGAAUGAUUUCUCUACGAGUGUUCUGGUGGAUUAUGGCCUAGCUCGGAUGUCAUCUAGCAAUGAAGACAAGCCGGACAAAAAGAGAGCUCAUAACGGCACUGCAAUAUUCACUUCGUGCGACGCGCACCGUGGAUGUCAACCUUCGUACCGCGGAGAUCUAGAAAUCCUUGCAUACAAUUUGCUUUACUGGUUGAACGGCACUCUUCCGUGGGAAAGUUUUGAAGCUGCUCCCGAGAAAGUUUAUGAAAUGAAGAAGAACUUUUUGAAAGAUCUUUCUUCAAAUCUAAGGAAGGCUCUUCAGGAUAACACUGAGUCAAUCCCACCACUGCAGGAAAUUUUCAAUGCAGCGUCUAAAACUGGAUACGAUCAACAACUCAGUUUUCCGAAGCUCUAUAAGAUUGUGGAUGAUGCUCUAAAACGGGUAUCCAAGAGUGGACAAAAACGAACGGCUGCUGAGGAAAAUGCGGAGACGAAGAAGCACAAAGCUGAUCGAGGCAAAGAAGCCAAGAACCGCGAGAUAAGAAGAUCAGAACGUGAAGAGCGAGAAGAUGAUAGUGGUGAUAGUGCAGGAGAUGCUACUGAGCAGUACCCUCAGACCAAGCGAAAUGUGAGAACCAGGAAGCGGGACUUAGAAAAGAAUGAUGAGGAUGUGGAAAGUGCCACAACGAGUAAUGGAGGGGCAAAGGCGAAGGUGAGGAAAAUUCGCAAAGAGCCAGAACACGGCGGUGAUUCCAUCGCAAAAGACGUUGAAGAAAAGCAGCAAACAAAAUCUCCUAUUAGCAAGAGAGCUAUCGUGAUAUCUUCUCCCACUCUCGUAGUAGCCGAGCAAAGAAAAAGGAAGUAUACGAGGACAACGAAUGCAGAGCGGAAUGCUGAAGCCAUCUCAUUGCCAUCUGGGUCUCCCGCGUCACCACGUCAAAGGCCUAUCCCGACGAAGAGGCGCCGCGUUUUGUGCACAAAUGAUCGACUACCGAGCAGACGAUCGCCAAGGUUGCCUUCCGUGCAAAUCAUCCCAGGAGUUACAGUUACUAGAUCGCCGAUUUUGUCACCAAUUGCAAACAGCACUAGGAAAAGUAAUGAAUUCACUGUCACUCCUCGUGGAAGCAAUGGACUAAAAGCGAAGAACGUCUCGUCAGAAGAAAAGCGUAGCCCCACUAAGCUGAGUAAGAUACCCGGCAUGCGAAACUUCCAACACGGUCAGGGUCCUGUUGUCAUUAAGCAGAUUACCAAAAAGUAUCAGAGAAUUGCUCAGCAAAAGCGUGCUAGCCAAUUGAAUGGGCACGUAUGAUCUUGUUGAAGACCAUGCUCUUUUCGCUUUUGAACUCAGGUCAACUGGAAAUGAUCACGUUCGCAUUGACUCGCGAUACCCUUCCACAUCUUUUUUGACUGUUUGUUCUCAUAAUCAGUAACAGUGAUGCAAAGUGCGUUGUAAAUUUCCAUUCCAUUUUCUUUUGUCCAUUUCAAGUAUCACUUGUAUGACU